AAUCUUCUUCCUUGAAUUUUCCUCUCUCACUACCUUUUUUGUGCAAAAGGAUAGGACCCCUGCCCUGCUUCUCCAUUAUUAUUACUGUUACUCUUUCUUCACCACCAUAAUUUCUCUCUCUCACGUCCUCUUCUUUCUUCUUCACCCUAUUUGUUGCUGGUUGGAUCUGUGUAAUUGAAGCUCACUAAUCACUAUCCUCCUUUUCAAACUCUGAAAUUUAACAGGUUGAUAAAUUCACCCUAGAACAAGACAUUGCUUCUUUGUGGUGUAAGUUGUAAUCCAUGAGCAAUCUCAAGCUAGGUGUGGAGGUUGUAAGAGCCCACAACCUUUUGCCCAAAGACGGGCAGGGCUCGUCCAGUCCAUUUGUGGAGCUGCAUUUUGAUGGUCAGAAAUUCCACACCACGGUAAAGGAAAAGGACCUUGACCCAUUCUGGAACGAGACGUUCUAUUUCAACGUGGCGAAUCCUGAUAACCUGCACAAUCUCAUUCUCGAGGCUCAUGUCUACAAUAUCAACAAAACCACCAACUCAAAAGCUUCCCUUGGGAAGGUUAGAUUAACCAGUACGUCGUUUGUUCCCCAUGCUGAUGCGGUUGUGUUUAACUAUCCAUUGGAAAAGGGGAAUUUAUUCACCCGUGCCAGAGGGGAGCUUGGCCUGAAAGUUUUUGUGACGAGUGAUCCCUCUAUCAGAGCUUCAGUGCCUCUUCCUGAGACAACUUCGUCUUCACGUUCGAGCGUGCAUCCAAGCAGCCAUGCCAGUCAUCUGCCUUCUCAGAAAGGGGAAGAGGUUGUCUCUGGCACAUCGGCUAAAGGCAAAAGGGGGUCAAUACGCACGUUCUUCCAUCUUCCUAACUCAAGUAGCCAGCCGCAACAGCCUCCUCCUACGGGUUCCCAGCAACCAAAUGUACACGGAGUUAAUGAGAUGAGGUCUCACCCUCAGGAACCACAAGCAUUUGGCAUGUUUGCGAAUUCCUCCUCGCAUCCUGCUGAUUUUGCUCUUAAAGAAACAAGCCCUUUUCUUGGAGGGGGGCAGGUCAUUGGGGGACGAGUUAGACGUUCGGAGAAGCCAUCUGGUAUCUAUGAUCUUGUCGAGCCAAUGCAGUUCCUAUUUGUUAGAGUUGUUCGAGCUCAUGACCUUCCUUCCAAGGAUGCUACUGGGGGUCUUGACCCAUAUGUAGAAGUGAAGCUUGGUAACUAUAAAGGAGUGACGAAGCACUUUGAAAAAACACAAAGCCCAGAAUGGAACACUGUGUUCACAUUUUCAAAGGACAGAAUACAGUCAUCAGUUCUGGAAGUUACUGUUAAAGAUAAGGAUACACUGAAAGAUGAGGUUGUUGGAACUGUUCGAUUUGAUCUCCGUGAGAUCCCCACACGAGUUCCACCUGACAGUCCGUUGGCUCCAGAAUGGUAUCGACUUGAGGACAAGAAAGGUGGGAAAAAGAAAGGUGAAUUGAUGCUAGCUGUCUGGAUGGGCACACAAGCUGACGAGGCUUUCUCUGAAGCUUGGCACGCAGAUGCAGCUAAUCUUGUUGAUAGCUCGGUUUCCUCCACUCAUAUUCGCUCAAAAGUCUACCACUCACCGAGGUUAUGGUAUGUGCGGUGUAAUGUGAUCGAGGCACAGGACUUGGUCAUGGGUGAGAAAAAUCAUAUUGCAAAUGUGCAUGUUAAGGCUCAGAUUGGCAACCAAAUUCUGAAGACGAAACCUGUCCAAUCACAUAGUAUGAAUGCUUUGUGGAAUGAAGAUUUGAUGUUUGUUGCUGCCGAACCUUUUGAUGACCAUCUGAUACUUUCGGUCGAAGAUCGUGUGGGUCCAAACAAGGAUGAGGUUCUUGGUAAGGUUUAUAUACCAUUGACAGCAGUUGAACGACGUGCUGAUGACAGAAUGGUUCACUCUCGAUGGUUUAACCUACAAAAAUCAAGUUCAGCUGAUAGUGAGGAGCCAAAGAAAGACAGGUUUUCUAGUAGAAUCCACCUGCGUGUCUGCCUUGACGGGGGCUACCACGUGCUAGAUGAAUCCACGCAUUAUAGCAGUGAUCUCCGACCAUCAGCUAAGCUGCUAUGGAAGCAACCCAUUGGCUUGCUAGAGCUAGGCAUUUUGAGUGCUGAUGCUAUUACCCCCAUGAAGACUACAAAUGGCCGGGGCACUUCUGAUACUUUCUGUGUGGCAAAGUAUGGCCAGAAGUGGGUCAGAACAAGGACGGUCACAGACAGCUUAAAUCCGAAGUAUAAUGAGCAGUAUACUUGGGAAGUUUCUGAUCCAGCAACGGUUCUUACAGUUGGUGUUUUUGAUAAUGGUCAUAUUGGUGAGAAGGGCUCAAAUGGUCACAGAGAUCUGAAGAUAGGUAAAGUUAGGAUACGAGUGUCAACUCUUGAAACAGGCCGGGUUUAUACUCAUUCGUACCCGUUGCUGGUGCUUCAUCCCUCUGGUGUCAAGAAAAUGGGAGAGUUGCAUUUGGCUAUUCGGUUCACAUGCUCGUCAAUGUCUGACAUGAUGGCCUUGUAUGCCAAACCACUCUUGCCCAAAAUGCACUACAAGAUGCCAUUGACAAUGGUGCAGCUCGACAUGCUGCGCCAUCAAGCUGUUAAUAUAGUGGCAGCACGUUUGAGCCGUGCAGAGCCCCCUCUGAGACGAGAAGUGGUUGAGUACAUGAAUGAUUCUGACUCACAUCUCUGGAGCAUGAGGCGUAGCAAGGCUAAUUUUUUCAGGCUAAUGUCGGUUUUCAAUGGAUUGCUUGCUGUUGUAAAAUGGUUCAAGGAAGUCUCCCUGUGGAAGAACCCGAUCACAACCGGACUAGUCCAUGUCCUCUUCAUCAUGCUCAUCUGUUUCCCGGAACUAAUCUUGCCCACACUGUUCCUCUACAUGUUCCUCAUCGGGCUUUGGAACUACCGCUUCAGGCCGAAGUACCCACCUCACAUGAACAUACGUCUGUCUUGUGCCGACACUGUGCACACUGAUGAGCUUGAUGAGGAAUUCGACACCUUCCCUACCUCACGGAACCCAGAUCUCGUCAGGAUGAGGUAUGAUCGGCUACGUACCAUUGCUGGGAGGAUUCAGACAGUGGUAGGAGACAUAGCAUCCCAAGGGGAGAGGAUCCAGGCACUGCUGAGCUGGCGAGACCCACGCGCAACUGUCCUGUUCAUGGUCUUCUGUGUCGUGGCUGCAACCGUGCUGUAUACUGUGCCUUUCCAGUUGCUGGUGAUCUUGACAGGACUAUAUUUCAUGAGGCAUCCAAGAUUCAGGCACAAGUUGCCGCCGGCACCACUCAACUUCUUCCGCCGUCUCCCUGCCAGGACUGAUAGCAUGCUGUAAGUCUCAUGUCGGGCUUACUACUGUUUUGCUAAGCCAUCAGAUUCCAGUAUGAAUUCCUCAAAUUCAUUUAGUUUAGCUAUGUCUUUUUUAUGGAUUUCUGGAGUGGAAUGUACAAAAGUGUGUGUGCAGCUUCUUUGCUGUAGCAAGCCACUUUUUGUUUUGGCGACACAAACUUCAUUUCAUGUAUAACAGAUAUUCCUGUUUAUCGUUCUUCAAUUAUGGAUAUGUAAUUAUGUAUGGUCA